UGGAGGAAGGGUUCCUACACUGUUCUCCAGACCUCCCGAGAACCGAGAUCACCCCUGUAAGUGUUGCUGGGACGCUUCGCUUCAGUCACCAUGAGACUUUGUAUCUUCUUUGCACUAGCACUGCUUUGGCUGGAGGUCCAACAUGGUUUGUGCCAGCAGACCAAACGCAAUAAAGAAGCCGGUGAGAACCGCACACGACCCGGAAGAAAGAGGGUGAAGGUUCGAUACCCAAAAGUGAAGGAAAAGGAGUCGGUGAGCAAAGGCCAAUCUAUUCUCACCCAGGUUCUCGAUAAAGGACGUUUUCUCCGACUGGGUGAGACCCUUUCAUUAAACCCUGGGAAAACACUGGAGCUGAGAUGCAAAGGAACUAAGAUUGGUUGGGCGUAUCCUUCAUAUCUGGACGCCUACAAUGAUAACCGCCUCAGCAUCAAGCAGCAUGACAGAUACAGUCAAUUGAUCCUGACGUCGCCCUCUGCUGUUGAUACAGGAGAGUACAGCUGCUGGGUGAUGCUGUGUGAUGGAGAAGAAUGUGAGAGGGAUGCAGACACCACCUCGAAAACCUAUAUAUACUUUACAGACAAAGAUGAGCUGUUUGUUCCAUCCCCCAUCCAUUUUGAGAUCGCCUACCUGCGUCCUGACAAGCACACCACGGUACCCUGUCGGGUGACCAACCCUAAAAUCAAAGUGUCACUGCAUAGAGAAGUUCCUCCCAAAGAAAUCCCAGUGGAUGGGACGCAAAUCUCAUACAAUCCUACCAAGGGUUUUAUCAUUCAGACCCCAAGUCCAGAACACAAGGGUGCUUAUUACUGCAAAGCAAACAGCACCACUAAAUCCACAGAGCAAAUAUCCACCAUGUACCAGCUGCUUUAUGUGGAGGUGCCCAGUGGACCCCCUUUUGCGACCAUCAAGGCAUCUUCAAAUACAGUGAGCGGAGGAGAUAUCUUUAACCUUACAUGCACAGUCCUGGGUGAACCAGAGAUGAAUGUAAGCUUCAGCUGGAGGUACCCUGGCCAGGACCAGAGGGCGGUGAUCAUUCAAGACUCCUGGAGGCUGAUAAACAGAGGUGUGGGCCACACCACACGCAUUUCCCAGAGCGUUUUAAUUGUGGACGAUGCUGAAACUAUUGACUUUGGAAAGUACAUCUGCACUGCCAAAAAUAAGAACGCAGAGACAUCUGUGGCCACAUCGGUGAAAUCACACUAAAGAUACAUAGGUGUUAUUGACAUGAGCUGGACUCACACCGUUCAGCCUCUUGUUGCUCGAUUCACAUCGCAGUAUGAAAACCACUUUGAAAAAAUGUUAAAUAUGGCAUGGAAAUAAAAUUCUUCUUUUAUGAAUCUAAA